UUUUAUACUACCAAUAAAAUUAUAGUUUUAUUACUACAUUACUUCUAUUUAAAAAAUAAAUAUAUUUUUUUAUACAAAGUAACGAUUUUUUAAUGGAAUCCAUAUAAUUGGUAAAUAGAAAAUUGAACAAAGAAAGUAACAAGUGCUUCCGCGUUUUUUUUUAAUAACUUAUAAAACGCCAACAACAAAAAUUAGCAACAAAUUUACCGUCGACAUUGAACUACCAAGAAAUUGCUAGUAUCGAUUGUAAAGCCAAAAGUGUGCCAAAAUAAUAUUGACGUCCAUUUUAAUCAAUAAGUCUUAAAGAAAUAAAUGCAAAGUGCAGUUUAGUUUUGAAUAUAUAUAAAAAUUAAACCUAUAGUCAGCUGUGUAAAGUAGUUGUGGUGAUAGUGUUGAAUCACCCUCAGUUAUGGGUAAUGCAGGCAGUACCAGCAUGCAACGCGAGCGCCAUAAGUCAAGCGACCUGUCAACACCAAAUUCUCCCUUUCGGGAGAUGGCUGGACGUGGAGAUUCAGUUGCAUCAGCAACAGGGGUUGGCGCGGUUGGGAGUGGCGGCGCACAAGCCUUCACUUUCGACAAAAACAUAACAAAUGACAAGAACGUACGCUCAGUCUUGCUCGGAGGUUCAUCGCAAGAAGACGAAGAUCAACCGUAUUAUACGAAGCCAGUCGGUAGCGCAGCUACUACCGAUACAACUAGCACACCCACCCCACGUAAACGUGCUAAUACUGUUUCAGAAGGUACUACUACACCGCUACACAACAACUCAGGCAGUACAAUGUCUGUAAAGGAAGCAGCUGCUGAUUCUAAUGACGAUAAAGAGGAGAGCUCCACCGAUGAAUUGCCAAGGAAUUCGGGCUUGCCCACCGUACUGCGUUGGGAUGGUGGUGGCAAGAAUGUCAUGAUUUCCGGCACAUUUUCCAAAUGGAAACCAAUACCAAUGGCACGCAGUCAUGGAAAUUUUGUGGCCAUUAUUGACCUUCCAGAGGGCGAUCAUCAAUAUAAAUUUUGUGUAGAUGGUGAAUGGAAGCAUGAUCCUAAAUUGAAAAGCAUCGAAAAUAAUGACGGCAUUAAGAACAACUUAGUUUCAGUACGUCAAUCAGAUUUCGAGGUAUUUCAGGCAUUAGCCAAAGACAGUGAGAAUGCGCCAAAUUAUGCCGAAAGAGAGUAUUCACAAGAAGUACCACAGCCAAAGCCAUGGGAAAAGGUUUCUGGACCGCCAGUUUUACCGCCACAUCUCCUACAAGUGAUACUUAAUAAAGAUACACCAUUAUCGUGUGAACCAACGUUGUUACCAGAACCAAAUCAUGUCAUGCUUAAUCAUCUCUAUGCGCUCUCUAUCAAAGAUGGUGUAAUGGUAUUGAGUGCAACACAUCGUUAUCGCAAAAAAUAUGUUACCACUUUGCUUUAUAAGCCCAUCUAAGGCGUUAUACAAUAGAUACGAACAUAUUUAGGUGUAGGUUUUGAGACAAUACAUUGUUUAAACUAUACGCGUAUUCAAAGUCCUAGUUUUCGAGCAUAUUUUCGAAGUUACUUUCAUCUAAAUAUUGUAAAAUUACUAAUAUUAUUGCUUGCAAAAUAUCAGCAAUAGCUAGCAUGUGAAAAACUUAUUGCGAUACUAAAUUUAAGAUGUAAUACUAACAUUUGGAAAAAGCUUUCGUGCAAGUUCGUGUUAGUAAACUAUAUACAAAUAAUGAA